AUGACUGAAAAUCUGGAGUCAGUCCCAUAUCUUCGCCGUAGCGUACAAGAGGCAUGUUCAAAUGAAGGAAGUGAGCACGAACUAGACAGUGACUAUUCAAAGCUAACUACUAACGUAGAAAAAAUAUUCCCUACACAAACUGACACUGUUCCCGAUGUAAAUUCUUCCUUUAAUACCGUGGAGGAUAAAAUGUGUCGUAUAUGUUUUGCUGGCUCUGAAGAAGAAGAAAGUCUCGGUCGUCUUAUUUCUCCAUGUUUAUGUAAAGGAACCAUGAGGUACGUCCACGUGGAAUGUUUAAAUCAUUGGCGACUGCGAAGUCAAAAGAAAUCAAGUUUUUUUCAAUGUGACGAGUGUAAAUAUAAAUAUGCUUUUCGAAGAACAACAAUUGCAAAAUUCGCUACUAAUGAAUUUAUUCUUACAUUUGUUACUUUAACAUUGUUCGCUUUUUGUGUAUUCAUUGGUGGUUUUCUUGCCAAAUUUCUUCUUUACCUUUACCCUAUUGAAGAUUAUAUUGCUGAUGAUUUCAAUUAUGAUCCAUUAUUUCGUGAACGCAUGGAGUUCUCAAAAAUAUUCAGAAUUGACUACGUUCACAUAUUAUUAGGAUUUAUGUUCGUAGGAUUUGUAGGGUUUGUACAAUUAUUGUUCUCAUUAAUGUGGUUUGGUCCUUUCAGGUUUGGCCCAACAGGUGGUGCAACGGGUGGUAGACGUGGUGUGGAUGGAAUUACUGCUGUUUUUUUCACAAUUAUUGUUGCUGUAGGAAUCCUUAAAGCUGUGUAUGGGAUGUAUAAAUUGGUCAGAGGUGCGAGUCGAAGGAUCUUGGAGAGGGUUGAGUUGACUAUUUUGGAAGUUAAUGAGCGGUAA